AUGGAGAAUCCGGAGCGAAAACAAGAGGAGGAAAUGGGACACGGGGCGGUUUCCAGGCUCCCCCCUCCCCUCCGUACUCCAGAUAAACAACCCGCGGCUGCGGCGCCCACCCCCGCGCUCCUCCCCGCGCCGGACCCGGCCUCUCCGCCGCCUGCCGGCGCGCCCCGCUCCCGGCCCGCAAAGGGGGCGUGGCCCCUCCUUACUAUGCGGUGCGAGGACCCAACAACAUUCCAGCCGCCGCGGCCCCGCCCCCCGGGCCCCGCCCCGCCGGCUGGGCCGCCGCCCCCCCGGUCCUCUCGGCCACACCCCCUUCCCAACUACUUAAAAGGCCGCUCCAGCGGCUCCGCGUUCCCUGUUCGGUGCCAGGGUGUUGGAGUUUCUGGGCUCCGGACUCCGGGGAGCGGCUCAGUGGUUCCGCCCUCCGAAACCGGGGCGAAUGGAGAAGCCAGCCAGCCAGCCAGCCAGCCAGGCAGACCUGGGUUCGAGUCAGUUACGGUUAGCAGAAUAGAUAUGUUCAUCUUACAGAAGCAGCAGCAGCAGCGUGGUCUGGAAAGAACAAGAGGUACCUUUGCCCCAUGUGUCGACGCCAAGUGUCCAUCAGUGUUCUUUUGCCCAGGGGUGCAGUGGCUCAGCCAGAAAUGCAUGUGAGACGACGGUGAUACAUGCGUCGUGAGACGACUCGUCCUUGGCAUGUGAAUACAGUCUGGUAUGUUCUAUCGCGUGUGAUGCCUUCCGUGUCUGAGUUUUGUUUUUUAAAGUAGGGUGUUGCCGUUAGCCCUCGUUGGCCUUGAACCUACGUUGAUUCCCCUGCCUCGGCCCCCCUGAAU